CACAGGUACAUGUACGAGUAACCUGUGUUUACAGUUUGGCUUCCCAGAUCAUUCAUUUCUCGUUUAUCACUUUCCGGCUCAAGUCUUCUUCACCGACUCCAAGAACCUGCGAUGCGCCUUAACUCCAUCCUUCUCCUCACCGCGGCUGCGUUAUUCGCUUAUUGCGACGCUGCAUCGCCGUCAAGUCUGACCAAAGUAUCGGCCAUGAACGCGCCUGAUGCGGUGAAGGUGGUAGAUGCCAAGAGUGCGAGGUUCCUGCGAAGCAAACAUCACAAGAAAACCGUAGACACUGAAGGCGAAGAGAGGGCCGCCCCGGUGGGUCUUCUUGACGAUGUGGCGAAGAAAUUUAGCGUAUCCAGUGACGACUUUAACAACUGGCUCCGUGCGAACCCUGCGCUUCUAACGAAGGUUGCUACACCUCAGCUUUCGAAGGCGGAGAAGACGGCGUUGGAAGCAUCCUCCUUUACCAAGAAAAUCACACAAGAAUUGGACCGCACCACGGAUGUCCAGUUUGUCCUUAACUGGUUUAAGAGACAAAACCUUAAGCCGAACGAAGCCCUGCAUUUCGCCAAAAGUCCGGCCCAAAAGCAGGCCUACGCCCAAUACUUGCCGUACUACCUGAAAAACGCGAAGAAUGGGGUAAAACCUAGUGCAGUGGAUCAGACGAAGCUUAGCAAGCCGGCUUUAGCGGUCUAUAAAAAAAUUAACGCCGACCCGGAUAUCAAGCGCAUGGUUGACUGGUGGCUGCACACUGGCGCUUCUCUACAAACUGCAAAGGCUUCUAUCAAUGGCGAUACCGGGAAGCAGGCGUACAACUUGUAUACCGCAGUACAUGCCAAUAUGAAGUUCGGCAAUAACCGCAAAGCGUGGGGCUUCGACCUCUGAUCUGCAGGAAGGGAGUGCUUCAGGGAACAAUGUCUUCAUAAUACCAGAAACGUUGAGCGGAACUGGAGUGCUAAAGGAGUUGAACUGUCGUUCUGGAAGAUACAGGGAAUCACGUAGUGAUAGUUACUACAUGCUUUCACUUACCAAUAAGAAGUUACUUAAA